AUGUCAGGCUCUGCCGCUCCCAAAUCGAAGAAAAAAGACAAGCAAAUCUUCGAGCCAGACUUUAAGGCGAAGGAAAUAAUGGAGACGGAUAAUACUUGGUUUCAACAGAGAUUUGGUACGAACACGGAUGACAAGACCGAGGCAGGCGCAACUGGCAAAGCUUCCAAGAGUGACCCCAAGAGGAAAACUGGAGGUUCCAAGUGUGUCGCUUCAUGA